GUCGGAGCUGACGUGGAUCCUCGAUCACACUAGUUCGACUUUAGUAGGGACGAGAAGACGCAGGAAUUUACAAGAAAUGCCCAAACAAUGCGUUCAAGUGGGAAGGGGUAGUAUCGUAAAGAGCAAGAAACCACUUCCUGGUUUUCGCAAUUAAUCCGUCUCCGCCGCUGCAUCUUUCCUUCUCCUCUCUCUCUCUCUCACUCAUACACCACAUAUAUAAUAUAUAUACGUUACUAUUGAUAUAAAACUCAGUUUUUUUCUUGUUGUCUGUGCGUGCAUCAUCGAGUUUAACAGGCAAUGCUCGUGUCUCCCUCCUCCCUAUCUAUCUAUCUUGUCUAUUUAUGGCUGGAUUCUAAGGUUUUGUGUACCUAAAGCUUAUCAUUGAUCUGGAAGCUUAUUUAAUCCCAUUCUUUUCCGGAAUAUAUGGCGUCAAAGUUGGCUGUUGAUGCGAUAGAAACAUCCACAAAGGUCCAUUUCUCAGGCUUUCAUCUAGAUUCAGCUAGAUCAGACCAGACGGCUGGCUCUGCUGAAGAAGGAGAACAACAUGGGCAUCCUUUUGUAAUCGGAGUUGCUGGAGGAGCAGCAUCCGGGAAAACAACUGUCUGUGAUAUGAUUAUGCAGCAACUUCAUGAUCAGAGAGCCGUUGUUGUCAAUCAGGAUUCUUUCUACCAUAAUGUAAAUGAAGAGGAGCUUGCAAGAGUUCAUGACUACAAUUUUGAUCAUCCUGACGCUUUCGAUACUGAGCAACUAUUGUGUUCCAUGGAGAAGUUAAGAAAAGGGCAAGCAGUAGAUAUCCCCAACUACGACUUCAAAAGUUACAAGAACAACGUCUUCCCACCAAGAAGGGUGAAUCCUUCUGAUGUUAUAAUUCUAGAAGGGAUACUCAUUUUCCAUGACCCUCGUGUUCGAGAUUUGAUGAACAUGAAGAUAUUUGUAGAUGCAGAUGCUGAUGUGCGUUUAGCGAGAAGGAUUAAACGAGACACUGUUGAGAAGGGCAGAGAUAUAGCCACUGUUCUUGACCAGUACUCAAAGUUUGUGAAGCCAGCAUUUGAGGAUUUCAUACUCCCAACAAAGAAAUACGCUGAUAUAAUAAUCCCACGUGGUGGUGAUAACCAUGUUGCUAUUGAUUUGAUUGUGCAACACAUACGCACUAAGCUUGGUCAACAUGAUCUCUGUAAAAUAUAUCCUAAUCUUUAUGUCAUCCAAUCAACUUUUCAGAUACGUGGGAUGCACACUCUAAUCAGAGACUCCAAAACAACAAAGCAUGACUUCAUCUUCUACUCUGAUAGAUUGAUUCGUUUGGUGGUUGAGCACGGCCUAGGGCAUCUUCCCUUCACAGAAAAGCAAGUAGUCACUCCCACAGGAUCUGUGUAUUCGGGUGUAGACUUCUGUAAGAGGCUGUGUGGUGUCUCGGUUAUCAGAAGCGGUGAGAGCAUGGAGAAUGCUUUGAGAGCAUGCUGCAAAGGCAUCAAGAUUGGGAAGAUUCUGAUUCACAGAGAAGGCGACAACGGUCAGCAGCUUAUAUACGAGAAGCUACCCUCAGACAUUUCCGAAAGGCAUGUGCUUUUGCUGGACCCAAUCCUUGGGACAGGAAACUCGGCGGUGCAAGCGAUAAGGCUGCUGAUAAGUAAAGGAGUACCUGAAUCCCACAUCAUAUUUCUCAAUCUCAUAUCUGCACCUCAAGGAGUAAAUGUGGUGUGCAAAAGGUUCCCUAGGAUAAAGAUUGUGACAUCUGAGAUAGAGAUCGGUUUAAACGACGAGUUCAGAGUUGUUCCUGGUAUGGGCGAGUUUGGAGACCGCUAUUUUGGCACUGAUGAUGAGUGAGAGAGAGAGAGAGCUUAUUAGCACUCACGAGAAUCUCGAGUUGGAA